AGUUCCUCCAAACCUGAUCGCUUUGAGAUGCAAAUGAUGGAAGGACUGCUGGCGGCUAAUGCAGACGUCGACAUCGCCAAGUCUCUCUUGGCCUACGUGGUUCAGGACAAAGGCACCCUUUCUUACGAACUCCUUUUGAGGUACCUCACCUGUAUCACGGGUGGCCACCACUCGGAGGUGUUUGAAACAUACGACAUCAUGAGAACAUGCUUUAAGACUCUUGACACUGGAGCCUCGUCCAUGUUUAUUAAAGGUCUCAGUCAAACUGAACGCUGCAGGGAGGCGCUUGAGGUGUUGGAGGGGAUGAAAAAGGCCCUCCUGCCAUCUCCUCGUAACUAUAGUGAUGCCAUCACGGGGGCGGUGCUUCACGGUGACACCGAGACCAGCUGGAUGCUUUACGAUGAGCUUCUGGAACUGGGUCUCGUUCCUAAUCAGGACACCUGGCAGUGUCUGUUUCAGAGCGGCAUCACUCAGCAUGGACAGGAGGACAAGCUCUUUUCUGUUCUCUCAUAUAUGAGAGAUAAUCAGAUCUACCCAGAGGAGCCGCUGAUUCAAACUAUCAAAGCUUGGUUUGAGAGUUUACCGGAUCAGAAAUGGAGUGGGAAGUUCUCAUACGUGGUCCCCAGUGGAGAGUCCAAGAACUGCAAGGCAUCACUUGAAUCCAUUCAGCUGACUGAGGAAGAGUAUGGUGAGCUGAAGGUCAAAGUGAUGAAGAAAGUGAUAGAAGGAAGUGACGUCUUCAAGAAAACCACCCCAGAGGAGCUUAAAAGCUUUAAGAGUUUUGUGAAGCAGAGACCCCCCUUUGAUAUUGUCAUUGACGGCCUUAAUGUAGCUAACACAACACCAAAGGCCACGCACUCUGAGACGUUGCUGGCAGUCGUAUCAGAGCUACAACAGCAGGGGCUGAACAUCCUGGUCCUUGGCAGAAAGCACAUGCUUCAACCUUCCUGGAACUGGGACAGACAAAACAUGGUCAAAAUCAAGCAGAAAGCCCACUGUUUCUUCACCGAGAACAUAUCUGAGGAUGACCCGUUUCUGCUGUAUGCUGCUUUGCACUCUGGCGUUCACUGCAACUUUCUUAGUCGUGAUCUGAUGAGAGAUCACAAAGCCUGCUUGCCAGACAGUGCAACCAGAUGCCUCUUCUUCAAGUGGCAACGUGGCCAUCAAUUGGUGAUCAGUCAUUACGUCCCAGGAAAAAUAGUUCAAUUUCAGAGGAUCUCAGCUUAUGACACCAUCGUUCAGACAUCUGGUGGCUCCUGGCACAUUCCUUAUGAUGUGAAUAGAGCAGAUAGAGCCACGUAUGAAGUUCCUCAGAAAUGGCUCUGCCUCACUCCAGGACAUUGAGGCUGGAGUUACUACUACUGUGCUGGCUGAGAAAUGUGAAAUAAAUAAUACUUUGCAAAAUGU